GAAAGGAAGCGAACGUAUUGAGAUCAUUGACUUUGUGCAUGGGAAUGAAUGGGACACCUGGAAGUCAAUUAGCGCACACAGGAUUAGUUGACUGCACUGCGUUGAGCUGCGUGAAGAGAACAUACAGCUGUUGAGAAUGCCACACAUGCAGAACGUCUUGUAGCCAUGCUUCAAAAGAAGUCUAGGUGAUCACGUCCAAGGUUAUAGCAUAUAGAGACUACCAUAUACAGUACGUGUUAUCUGAUCUUCAACCACCACCAUGCCGGCUACCUAUCUGUGGGCCAUCGGCAACCGUGGCCGGGCCUAUGCCAUGUCCACGAACAAUCAGAUCUGGGAACUUCGCAGCAUGGAGUAUAACGUCAAGCGAGUCCUGGGCUUUAAGAGGAUUUCAGCAGCCAAGCACGUGGUCUGGGGCUUGGCCUACAACCAACAGCCCUAUGUUUAUGUGUUUGGUAUGGAUGUUCCCAUUCGAUUCCUUGAAUACACUUAUGAAAACCAGAGAUGGGGUCCAGUGAGAGGCUACUCCGAUCGGAGUCUCAUCUUCUCCGACCGUCCUCCUUGGAGUGACGAGAAGGGUACAAGGGUCUUCCCCCGCCCCCGUGAUGUAAGACUUCCGAACAAGCACUGGAAGUGGGAGUCAGACUGGCAUGUAGAUGAGAAUUACAAAGGUCAACCCACUGGAAAAGAGGGAUGGCAGUAUGCAGUCAACUUCAACACAAAUGAGAAUUACACGUCUGAAAAAAGAUGGAACUCUUGCGUUCGGCGGAGAAAGUGGAUUCGAUAUAGGAAAUACAUUGCUACUGAUGCUUGGGCACAGGUACAGAGCAUCAAUGCAGACCCUCUAGAAGAGCCAUUGAUGGAGCUAUCGGUAGGUGGACACGAACUGCCGGGUCAACACGAGGGCUAUCUCUCAGUCUGGGCUAUAUCAGCUUUGGGAAAGGUAUUCUUCAGGGUCGGUGUGACGAGGAAGAACCCGGAGGGCACCCUGUGGAGGGAGGUCUUCACCUCUGAAGGCAAGGGUCUUGUUCAGCUGUCUGUAGGCCCUACAGGGGUCGUGUGGGGCGUGACAUGGGACGGCCAGGGGGUCAUACGGAUAGGAGUGUCUCGGGAUCAUCCCCUAGGCACUGGCUGGACUUACGUGAGUCCACCUGAGACAGCUCUCCUAACCAGCGUUGCUGUGGGUAACAACGUGGUCUGGGCACUCACCAGAGAUCAGAAGGUUUGGUUCAGAAAAGGCUUCAUGUCGACUGAUAUGAAGGAGAAUAGAAGCAACCGCUCAGGGACCAGCUGGAUUGAAAUGUGCGGCCAGGUGGCACAGCUCACGGUCGGACCCAAUGAUCAGGUUUGGGCUCUGACUGCUGAGGAAGGUCGCUCUAUCAUUUUCAGAUCUGGUGUUUCCUACGAAGAGCUCAGCGGUAGAGAAUGGAAAGCAGUCAUUAUCAUCGAGAAGAAUGAUCAGAGAUACAUCUACCAACCGCCUGAUACCAUCAGUGUAGCAGACAGCAUGGUGUCAAACUCUGUUAGCAUCUGCGGCAAGACCCAGCACUUGCUUGAUGCCGAUAGCCGGUUCAUGAGAAGCGUGAGUGAGCCAUCGGCUUUGUCCCUCAUGGGAUAUGAUUCCUGCGUACCUUCUGUCCUGGGAGAUGAGUUCAUGCACAAUGGCAAGUUGAUGAGAACGAUGUGUGCGCAGACAGUUGAUCUGUCCAUGGCUAGCAAUUCGGUCGCACUGCACUCUGGUUUUGAGGACAGCCAGAACUCGGCCUUCCUGCCAGGAGAUGGAGGCACUAUUGGCAGAUCGGCGUCUGCGAGUCCUGUGAAUGUACCCGGUGUUCCUGAACUUGUGUCAGAGCCUCCCGAGACUGAUUCCCCAUCAGUAUCUGUCCCUGCCAAGGGUUUAACAGUAGAAGACAUUCAUAACCUGAGUCCUAUAGCAGUGCCUGUGCGUGCUUUUACCAGGCAGCCUAGUUAUCACACGGAUGUCUCCGUCUCCGACAACACCAUUGACUACAUCACAGAUUUUAACGAGGAAGACUCUUGUGAGAACCUGCAGGAUAGUGGAAGCGAGAAAGGUACGCAAACAGAGACUCUACCAGACUGUGUCAAUCUCCACCACGGUGCACUGGUGGGCCCAGAUAUCACAGUAGACCUGGUGAAGCGGUUGCAACUACAGAGCAACCAGUCAACGUCCACUACAGGAAUCCCUGACAGUGUGGAGAGGGAAGACGGGAGACCCGCUUACCUUGUAGACAAUAGUAAGAAUUCUCUAGGAAGUAUUAAAUUCAGUGUAGGUGACAAGGAACUUGGGCUGGAUUCCGGAACCGUUAGCGAUGGUGAUUUAAGGACUACACCUUCCAUUAUGGUGGAGGACUUCGAUAGCCGACCGAGACCACAUCUAUUCACCUCACAGUCACGGCAGCGGGGUCUUAUGAACUCGUUCUCUAGGACAGUGGAUUCAUCCUUACCGAUACGGAAUGACAGCAUGGCAGACCUAUGUUCAGUGGAAGACGAGAUGGACCUGGAGGAACCACUAUGGAUGUGGGUCUGCGGUGGAGGGUGUGUGGUCGAGCCGACAUCACUACCUAAAUGGUUUCAUCAAGCCACCCUGAGCCAACAGAGCUUCCGCCAUCGUCUCCAAGAAGGGCCCUGGCGUGGCGCCAUCCUCAGUUCACUUAGGAGACGUAGAGACGAAGAGAGCAAGUUUUUCGAGCACUAUCCUAAUGCGGUCGAAAGGAGUUCCUGGGCCAAAGUGGGUCGUCUUCAGUGGCACAGUGAAGGAAGGAGGCGACAGUGGGCAGACUGUACCAUUGAGCUGGAGAGGGGUGUGGAUGGGACAGGGAGGCAGCAGAGUAGAUUCUCCCUCCAUUACCAGUCAUUUGGCAAACAGAAACUGAUCCGUUUCUUGUUGAGUGAGAUAACGUGCGUCCAGGAGGUAAACAAUGGCUCGGAAUACCCUUCCUUCUGCAUCUUCACACCAAAGAGGGUGCUAGACAGAAAGCCGAUCACUCUCCGAGCAAACAGCGACAAGGAGCUGGAAGAAUGGGUUGCUGCAAUCAGCCAAGCGUGCACGGAGGUCAGAGGAAUAUAUGGAGCGCCCUCUUGCAGGGCGUCGUGGUUAGUGACAUGCCGAGGAGAUGUCUUCGUUCAUGAAACUUUGCCAAACAUGCAGAUUGCGCCCUCGUCUCACUUAUACUGGAGACAGAUUGGAGGACAUCUGGCUUACAUUGAAGCAUGUGGAGCAGGAGUGGUCUGGGGUCUGGGGCAAGACAACACCCCUUGGGUCUACCUGGGAGGUUACGGAGGGAUGUUCAAAGGGAUCUACAGCAGCUCUUUUGGCAGCCAGCCUCAGACGGACUCCAAGAACAUCUGUGUGUUUGAGAACCAACGAUGGAGCCCUCUAGCAGGCUUCACUGACAGAGGAUUGUGGACAAAUGAUUCUGGGAAGAUUAUUGAAUCGAGAGACAAUGUGCAGAUGCCCUCAUCACUCUGGCAGUGGAUAUCUGACUGGAAGAUUGAUUUCACAAUCUCUGGUAGCACAGACAAGGAAGGGUGGCAAUAUGCAAAAGAGUUCAAACACACCAAGGCAUUUCAUAAGGAUAGAAGAUGGAACGACUAUGUGAGAAGAAGGCGAUGGGUCAGGAGAUGUCAAAUAAAGACGUCAGGUCCAUGGAAACAAAUGCCGAACCUUGGACUCAAAGAUGUCUCCCUGCAGGUUGAUACGGACGAAGAAUGGGAUGGACCCAUUGCAUUGUGGGCCAUCGGAACCAACGGUGAUGUCGUGACAAGGCUAGGGGUGACAAGGGCGUGUCCCGAGGGUACAGCAUGGAUGCAUGUACCUACAGAUCAACCAUUCCAAUCCAUCUCGGUCGGAGGAAAGUUCAGAGUCUGGGCUGUGGCUCGGGAUGGCUCAGCGUUUUAUCGUAACAGAGUCAGUGAUUACAAUCGUACAGGAGAUACAUGGUUUCAUAUUGCUCCACCGUCAGUCGCCCCUUUGAAACAGAUUUCGGCUGGCAAGUGCUCUGUAUGGGCUAUUGAUACACAAAUGAACCUAUGGUAUCGUCAGGACAUCACUCCGACCUUCCCAGAAGGCACCAAGUGGAUCCACGUUAGUUCUAGGGUCCGUAAAGUAUCCCUUGGCCCUCAAGAUCAGGUAUGGGUGAUAGCUGAUCAGGUAGAUGGGGCCCGUGGCGUUGUAUGUCGACGAGACGGGAUUGCAUCGGCUAAACCCAUGGGUAAAGCAUGGGAUAAAGGAGCAGGGGGAGGUAUCAUGCAUCUGUGUAUACGAGGCUGCACCAAGGAACUAGAGAGGGCCCCGUCGGUAGAAGAUAUUGCCAUGGCAACCAUUCAAGGAAGUGCACUGGACACGAAGAAGAAGGAGGACCCUGUGAGGCCAUACACCAGCUCUGAUGGAAACGCUCUCUGUUAACCAUGAUUAUCUCUGAAACAUGUGAUUAAAAUUUAAGUCUGUCAGUUCAAAGAAGGAACCAUAUUGGUUGAUCCAUAAAAUGCAGUCAUUUGGAUCACCAAUCACAACCUUUGGUUCUCUUACACAUGAUAACAUGUCGAUUUAUUGAAAUCUGAGUGACUAUCCAGUGAGUGCAGGCAAUUGCACCCCUCUAAAAAUCAACCAGGUCUAAGCACGGUAUCCAGCGUAGUCUAUCAGAUUGUUUCUUAUUGGUUAAUCAAUGGCACUCCUCCUAGGAUCAUCCAAUCACAACAUUUCUUUCUGCCGUAACCUGUCAGUAGACUGUUCCUGAUUGGUUUAUCAGUAAGAUACAGUCAGUUGUACUCUUAGAAUGAACCAAUCAUAUGCAAAGUUCGUCUUUAAUCUGUCUGAUAGAUUCUGAUUGGAUGAUCAGUAAGGUGCAAUCCGUUGCAAUCUUCCUAGAAGCAACAAACCACAGUCAAGCAUCAAUAAAAUUUGAUCAGAAUUUUUCAUGAUGCGACUACCAGAAAACUGUGACAUGACUAGAAAUAAAGUUACAUGAAUCCAGUGGUAUAUUGAAAAGGUCUAGUAUUAGGAACCUACCACCAGAUGAAAAAAAAUGGCUUUUAACGAAUGAAUUUUUAAUUUAAAUUCCAUAUAUAUUCAUUUUCUAGACUCGAUAAAUAUUUUUACGUAAUUCAAAAUUAAUUUGACCAUCAUAUCUGUUGAUUUGAGAAUAUCUCCCUCUGUGACAUUAUGAAAAUAGCGCUACAUUUUCAUUUCUUAUAAAGAAGUUUCAGAACCUAUGACUGUUAAAUUUUACCUACGAUAACUGAAAGAUAUAUUUUUAACACUUGCCAAGUUUCACUGACUUUGCAAAAAGUCUGCAUAAGGGCUUUCCUGCCGUUAAUGUAAACAAAAAAAAGAGUAUACUUUUUUCAUCAUGAACAACAUUAUGGUCACAAAAUGUACCUUUUAAAAUGAAUUUGAAUGUGUUAUCAGUUAUGAAAAAUUACCUGUAGUAAGCACAAGUACAUGUACAUGUCCCAGUUUUCUACACAGGACGGUCACAGUAAUAAAUAUUGUAGAAAGUAAAUUAUUAAGAAACAUACCUGAACCAUUACGGUGAUAUCUAUGUUAUAUAGAUAAUAUAAUAUUAUCUAAAACAAUAAAUUAAACUAUGCAAGACAAUCGUAAAAUUAAUCUGAGAGAAAUAGAUAUGAAUAAAUGAUUAAAUGUGAAUGAAAUUUACACGGGAGGAAUAUAGAUAUGAUUUAAUGAUACUGAUUUUAUUGUUUGUUUUACAGCCAAGGAAGAAAAGAGUAACUAUCAACCAAAGACAACCAACUGCUUGCCAAUUGUUUUUAGUUCAAGAAAAUGCUUAUAAUGAUACUGAUUUUUAUUGUGACUAGUAGAAAAUAGGACCAUGUCAUUUCAAUGUCAUGUUGCAUAUUACUUGGGCUACAUAGUAUGCAUCAAGAAGUGCAGGUGUAGUUGUAAGUUUUUUUGAAAUUUGCAACACAUUUUAUUACCUCUAAUCUUUUUAAAUACUUUUAUAAUAUAGAAGUACAGUGCAUAUCAUUAUAAUGACUUCUGUUUUGUUAUAUUUUUUAUGAAAGGGAGUUUCA